CUAGUCGGGCCCUCUCUCUGUUUUCGGUUUCAUUUCUCAGCUCAGCAGACUCAAAAAGAGACCGUUUUAAAGACCAGAGGAGGUUCAGCCUCUCAGACGGGACCGCUACAGUAAUGGCAACACAGAUGGACUUCAAUCUUAGACCGUACCAGGAAGAGGUGGUGCAGGCAGCACUCCGAGGGGAGAACAGCAUCAUCUGGCUGCCCACCGGUGGAGGAAAAACCCGUGCUGCGGUUUAUGUCACUCAGAAGCACCUGGAGACCACAGCCAAUGCCAAAGUGGCAGUUCUGGUCAACAAGGUGCAUCUAGUUGACCAGCACUUUGCAAAAGAAUUCAAGCCUUAUCUCGAGAGAAGAUACCAUAUAACAGCCAUCAGUGGGGACAGUAAUGAGAAAGACUUUUUUGGGCGUCUAGUCAAGGCCUCAGACCUGGUCAUAUGCACGGCUCAGAUCUUGGAGAAUGCCCUGAUUAACACGGAGGAGGAAAAACACGUGGAGCUGUCUGACUUUACCCUGCUGGUAAUAGACGAAUGUCACCAUACACAAAAGGAGAGCGUCUAUAAUAAGAUUAUGGGCCGCUAUGUUGAAAAGAAAUUAAGAAAAGAAGGGAAUCUGCCUCAGAUUUUGGGUCUCACAGCAUCACCUGGUACAGGAGGAAAUAGGAAACUGGAUAAGGCUGUUGAACAUGUACUGCAGAUCUGUGCCAAUCUGGACUCAGUAAUUGUGUCCACCAAGAGUUUUAAACCAGUGCUGCAGAAAGUCGUCCCUAGACCCAAAAAGCAAUAUGAUAUUGUUGAAAAAAGAGCUCUGGAUCCAUUUGGCGACCACUUAAAGGCAAUGAUGUCGAUGAUUCAUGAGUUUAUGCCAUCAAUAGUGAGUCGCAGCCUGCGAGAGAUGGGCACCCAGGAAUAUGAAGCUGAUGUGGUGGAACUCGAAAAAGCAGGUGUACAGAAAGAGAACAGACUGAUUGCUCAGUGUGCUUUGCACCUGCGGCAAUACAACGACGCUCUUCUCAUUAAUGACACGGUUCGCAUGGUGGACGCGUUCCAGGGUUUAGACGAGUUCUACAGUUCAAAGAAAACCAAACUGUUGGAUGGAACAGACAUCUUUCUCCAGGGACUUUUUGAUGAGAAUCGCCUGGAGCUGAAACAGCUGGCAUCGACUGCCUGCUACGAAAACCCCAAACUGGCCCGUUUGGAACGCACAUUGCUGGAUGAGUUUAGUGAUAAAAACUCUCGUGGUAUCCUCUUCUCAAAGACCCGCAGGGGCACCCGUUGUCUUUAUGACUGGGUGAACACCAAACCUGCACUGCAGAGGGUCAACAUCAGGGCUGGCAUUCUCACUGGAGCGGGUACAGGUGCAAAUCACAUGACCCAGAAUGAACAGAAGGACACCAUAAAACAUUUUCGAACUGGAAUCCUCAACCUCCUCAUCUCCACCAGCGUAGCUGAGGAAGGGCUUGAUAUUCCAGAAUGCAACUUAGUUGUACGUUACGGGCUGUUGACCAAUGAGAUCGCUCAGCAGCAGGCCACUGGGCGGGCUCGAGCUGUGAACAGCGUCUAUUCAGUGGUGGCUGAAGAAGGUGGGCGGGAACUACGCAGGGAACUCACCAAUGAGUAUCUAGAAAGUCUGACGGCAAAAGCUAUUGACCAAGUGCAGCAAAUGAGUCCCAGAGAGUUUAGACACAAGAUAAGCGAGCUCCAACAAAUCGCUGUUCUGAUUCGAAUCCAGGCCGAGAAGAAGAAGGAUGACCGAAAGCAACGCUAUAGUCCUGUUCAGGCUCAGUUUCAAUGCAGAGGAUGCUUCUUGCCUGUCUGCAGUGGAGAAGAUUUAAGAAAAAUAGAAAAUACACACCAUGUCAACAUCAACCCUGAGUUUGUGAGGCAUUAUAAAAAAGGAAGGCAGGUCUUUCUGGAGAGGAGCUUUGAAGAUUGGGAGCCUGGACGGGUUAUCAACUGCAACAAAUGUGGAAAGGAUUGGGGAAUGGAGAUGAAGUUCAGGAGGGUGGUAAUACUCCCCUGCUUAAAUAUAAAAAGCUUUUCCUUGAAGACUCCUGGAGGCAAAUCCACUCCCAAGCAGUGGAAGGAUGUCGAGUUCCAGGUGAAAGAGCUCGACUUUCUUGAGGACUUGAGCAGCCGUUUCCCUAACCUAAACUUAAACGACUGACACGUCAUUUAAACUCAGUUAAAACACUGUCACAGUUUUCUCUGUCUACAGUCAGCACAUCUGUACCAGUGGUUUUCUUCUUGUAGGUCAUGGAGGUAUUGCAAGUGGCCAUUGAUUGCUGUUAGUUCCAAACUUCUUAGCAUCAUGAGUAUACCAUGAUCCAUUCUCAUUAUGCUGAUUAUCCAUCUUGGCUGUACUUAAAUAAUGUUUUUAAAUUGUAGUGUUUACUUCGUAGUUUCUAUCAUGUGAGAGUUUCGUUUGCUUUUGUCUGAAAAAAGUGUGUGUGUUGUGAUGGUAUUUUUAUUAAUCUCAUUGAUUAUUCCGGUGUCCUCCUCUGGGAUCAGGACUCUGCUGCUCAGAUUAUUAGUUAUUGUUGAUAUUACUGUGCAAUAUGUCUCUAAAUGUAUCUGAAGUUCUUAAUGGCCCUCGCUUUCAGCUUGCUUGAACAUUUACAUAUAUUAAUUUAACGAGGAGAAAUAUGAACACAUUUCAAAAUCUGUGAGUCUUCAUUUAAAGUUUGUUAAUAGCACUUAAUAUAUGUUUCUCACCAAACAUAAAAGGAUAAUGCGUCUAACGCAUGCUUUUCUGACCUUUUUUAAAUUUUCUGCAUAACCACAUGAGUCUGUAUAUCAUAUCUAUAAUAUAUGAUUUUUCAAAAAGAUAUAAUAAAACAAUUAUGCACUGUA